UUCGGUCAAUCCAUUGAUCGUUCGUCAGCCCUGAGGCUGUCAAAAAGUUCGAAUCCGCAAUAACAGGGAAUACCUGGCGGAGGGAAACGCCCAGGCAAACGCGACGAGGCCGCUAAUUAAGCGACCGAACUGUCUAUUCGGGGUUGCAACCCGAGAAAUGAAACGUCAAGGACCUGCUGGAAUGUCACCAUUGCAGCCCAACUCGCCACGGCGCCAGGCUGAGCCUCAGUUUUCGCGUCCGAUCCAGCUUCCAGAUUUCGACAUGUCGCCGGCCAGUCUGUUACUCACAAGCGCAUUGCUCACGUCUAGCGGGGCCUCGCGUAGAGGGGCUCUCCACAGGGCUGUCAUGGGAGAUGAAGCUGUGGAUGGUUCUCCGGAUCCAUCGAGUUCCUGGCUUAACCUACGGAGUACGGAUACUCCAUACUCCGGGCACAGGGCUGCAGCAGAUCAAAGGGUCCCAAAACUGCUUGAUGCAUCCAGCCACACGGAGCAGGACCGAAGAGGAGACUUGUUCUCCGGUGGCUACAAGGUUCGACUUUUCAGAAGAGAGCUUUGCUGCACUAGCUUCAUCGGACCUCUUGCCUUCAAGCCGGGGGAGGGGAUAGUGCAUGACAUCGCAAGCUAUCCUGCCUUGACGAAGCGCGAUAUGUGGGCAGAGACAUGGGUGACGAGGCGCUCAAACCGCUUGGAGAUGGCUGCCAGGGCUAUGGGCUCAUCACCACGUUGCCCGUAACCUAACUUGUGCUGGCCUCACAAGCAGCAAUGGAUCUUGGGGCCGGCAGAGAAGCAAACUGCGGGGAUUUAGGCAGUGGGCCAAG